CAUUAUUUCAUAUACAAUAUCUCCCACGGUACAUUUUUAAAAACAUUGAAAUGAUGAUACAUUUCUGUUGUAAUAUGUGGUGAACACGUUGAAUAACUUUUUAUAAUUUUUGUUGUUGAUGGAUAUCAGUAAAAUCUUGUUGCAACAUGUGGAGGAGUGUGAUGAAACACACUGAAGGGUGGGGAUGCUGAGCGGAAAAGUGCUGUAUGCGCCGCGUCCAUUGCCAUCACUGCAUAUUCUUUAGAGAAGAUGCUUCUCCGGCGAACAACCGCACUUCUAUUGUCAAACUACCUUCAACCUCUCCGCCGCCACUUCACCAACCCAAUUUCACCAGUAAACCAAGACGAACUCCUCCGCGUCUGCACCAUUCUCUACCAACAACAAAACUCACCCGACUCACGUCUCCACUCAAAACUCACCUCUUCAAACUUCAAUCUCACCCACGAAUUCUUCCUCCAAGUUUGCAACAACUUCCCUUAUUCAUGGCGUCCCGUUUAUCGCUUCUUCCUCUUCACACAACAAAACCCUAAUUUCACUCACUCCCCUGUUUCCUUCAACAAGAUCCUCGACGUCGUUUCGAAGUCUCGUAACAUUGAUCUCUUCUGGAACAUUCUUCACGAAACGGCGCGUCGUCAUUUCGUUAAUGAUAAGACGUUUAUUAUUGCUUUGAAGACUCUUGGCGGUGCUAGAGAGCUUAAAAAGUGUGUUGAGGUUUUUCAUUUGAUGAAUUCGAAUGGGUAUGGUUAUAGUGUUGAGAGAUUGAGUAAAGUUGUUAAGGAAAUGUGUAGGGUUAAGCUUGUUGAAGAAGCAAAGUUUGUUGUUUUCAAAUUGAAAGAUUUUGUUAAGGUUGAUGGGGUUGUUUAUAAGCAUUUGAUUUGUGGGUUUUGUGAUAAGGGUGAUAUGAUUGAAGCUUCCAAGAUUUGGAAUUUGAUGGUGGAUGAGGGUUUUGAACCUGAUGUUGAUGCUGUUGAGAAGUUUAUGGAGACGUUUUUUAAGGUUAAUCAAUUUGGUGAGGGUUUGAAGCUUUUUCAAACAAUGAGAUUGAAGAGAAUUGAUGAACUUGGUGUUUCGACUUAUAGGGUUGUGAUUAAGUGGUUGUGUAAAAAGGGGAUGAUUUCUCACGCACUGGAAGUGUUCGACGAAAUGCGCGAGAGAGGUGUUAGGGUCGAUAACUUGACAUUGGGAUAUGUUGUUUAUGGGCUUUUAGCAAAGCAUAGGGUUAGAGAGGCUUAUCAAAUUGUAGAAGGGAUUGAUGUGGUUGAUAUAAGUGUUUAUCAUGGAUUGAUAAAAGGGCUUUUGAAGUUGAGAAGGGCGAACGAAGCGACACAAGUUUUUAGGGAGAUGAUUAAGAAAGGUUGCGAACCGAAUAUGCAUACCUAUAUAAUGCUGUUGCAGGGUCAUUUGGGGAGGAGAGGAAGGAAAGGGAGUGACCCUCUAGUGAAUUUUGAUACUAUUUUUGUUGGUGGUUUGGUAAAAGUUGGACAGUCAAGGGAAGGUAUUAAGUAUGUGGAGAGGGUGAUGAAUAGAGGGAUGGAGGUGCCAAGGUUUGAUUAUAACAAAUUUUUGCAUUAUUUUUCGAAUGAAGAAGGUGUGGUAAUGUUUGAGGAGGUAGGCAAGAAGCUGAAGGAAGUAGGGUUGGUUGAUUUGGCUGAUAUACUUCAGAGAUAUGGACAGAAGAUGACAACUAGAGAUAGGAGGAGGAACACGUUUCCAAUAAUUGAAGAUACUAAUAAUGAGUAAUGACUGAUAAACACGAUAUGUAGAUAUAAAUAUUAUAUAGAUUGUUGUAGAAAAACUAAAGUUGGUUGGAAAUGAAGCAUAUGAAUGAAUGAUGAAAUAUCAGUAUUUCUAAUGUUAGUGAAAAUGGAGAAAUCUAACUUGCAAGAGGUAUAUAUGUAUUUGUGCUAUAAUUGGAUUUUCAGUGUUAUAUUAUGUAUAGCCAUAGGUAAGUUUUUUUUCUCUUUCUCUUCAAUUAUGUGGUAGUUUCUGUGAAACCAUAAUCUAUCUAUGAAGCACUAAAUUACUAAUACAGAACA